AUGAACAGAGGCUCAAAUCAGUUUGUUAAAACUGUAUAUGAAUACAAUCUGUCAAGGAAUGUGAGGGAGUUGAAUGAGAUUGAAACAUCUGUGCAUGUUGAAUCCAAUCAAUAUAUGGUGGAGGUUGGAGUGGGCACACCUCCAGUAAAAUCCCUUGCCAUUAUUGAUACAGGUAGUGACCUAAUAUGGGUGCCCUGUAAUUCUUAUCAAUGCAAAAAUGACAACAAUGGCUGCCCUGUCAAGGUUUCCUGCAAGAGCCCACUUUGUAAAUCCAUCCCCUCAUCAUGUGUUUCUGGUAGUUGCAAAUACCACUAUUCAUAUGGGUAUGGAAACAGUUCUAGUACUGGUAUUUUGUUGUCUGAGACAUUAACAUUUUCUUCAGGAAGCAUUUCAGAUAUAACACUGGGCUGCAGCUAUGAAAUCCAUGGAAUUCCUCAGGGAGUGGGCUUAAUAGGUCUUGGCAGGGGUCCACUGUCAUUAGUCUCCCAAUUGGGUUCCAGGAUCAACCACAAGUUCUCCUAUUGUUUGGUCCCCAACAGAUCUGGAACAUCUCAUCUAAUAUUUGGAGACUUACAGAGUUCAGUAGUCUCUAACAUGAAAUCUACCCCACUGAUACAAAACCCUGUCAUGAAAAGAGCUUCUUAUUAUUAUGUAGGAUUAAAUGGUAUCAGUGUGGGAGGCAAUUUGUUGGGUUUGCCAAAGGGUGUUUUUGACUUCAGCCCUAAUGGAAGAGGAGGGUUAGUAAUUGACUCAGGGUCACAACUUACAUAUUUAGAUAGCAGAGCAUACAAUCCUUUGAGAAAUGCCUUGCAAUCUGCAAUCAAUCUUCCUCUUGCUGAUGGCUCUAAGCUUGGCCUGGAUUUGUGCUACCAGUUAUAUAGCAAUGUGAAUGCUCCUGAUAUAACAUUUCACUUUCAGGGAAGAACAGAUUACAGUGUGCCUAAGGAAAACUAUUUGAUCCAAAGUAAGGGUGAAUCAAUUCCAGAAUGGACUCCGCCGGAUAAGGGGUGGAUUAAGAUAAAUUUCAAUGGCGCUUUGAGGGGCAACCUAGGAGUCUCUGGAGUUGGGGUAAUUGCUCUAGAUGAUUGGGGCAAUACUCUGGCCAUUGGUGCUAAAAGAUUGGUGGAUGGAUCGAACAACAUUGCUGAGUGUCAAGCGGCGUUAGAAGCCAUUCUCAUGGCUAAGAAAUUGGGAGUGAAGAAACUCCAUUUGGAGGAAGACUCUCAGAUCAUGGUGAACGGGAUAGCUUGA